AUGUCAAUGGAGAUUCUGGACGAUACUUCAAUUCGUAACCUUGGACUAGGGCGAUCAAUUUACGAAUUUCUGGAAUGUUGUUAAAUUUUGGUUCUGUAAAGAACAUUUAUAAAGAAAUGUUAUAAAUAUAAAUAUAAUUUUUAUUUACUAAAAAUGUUCUCAUGUGAUAUCGUAGCUAUGCCAAAUAAGUAUUCACGUUAUUUAGGAUCUAGUGUAAGGUAAAUUUUAUUAGUAUCUUUAUUAUUAGUCAACCUGAUUAACCAAGCUCUAGUCGUAUCAAGAAACCUAAUAGUAAAUUUAAACUAUUGAGUGUAAUAACAUUUAUAUGAUUAUUAGUUACAUACAAUUAAAAAGGAUGAGAUCAAGAACUUUUAUCAUCAUAGUUCCAUAUACAAUAUAAAAGAAUAUAAAGAUUUAAUAAAAUCACCUGUCUUUUUGUAUCACUGAUUCUAAACUAAGUUUAGCUUUGAAAGCAAUACCACUAAAUUAACAGAUUUAUAGACCAGAGUCUUAAUUACAGAUUUUUAAAGGAAAGUUGCUGCCUAUCUCCUUAAUAAAAAAUUAUCCAAUAGUAAAAAUAUGAGAAAGUAUUAUGCUGAACUUAAGGCAGCAUGUUAAUAGAAAGAAUUUGAAUCUUAGUAAAUUAUACUCCAUACUUAACCAUAAGAUAAUCAUAACAAGGUUGAAUGUAAAAUAUUAUUAUAAAUUAAUAAAUAGAAUAAGAAAUUGGUAUUGAAAUUAUGUUGAUGGAUAAUAAUAAGAUAAUUGGUAAAUAAGUUAUUCCAAAUGAAAGAAUUUAAAAUAGAUUAUUAAAAUAUAUGGAUAAAUAUUUGAAUGAUGAUCAAAUUGAUUAUGAAACAAAGUAUUAAAUAUACUUAUAUUUAUAAGAAUACAUUUUAUGACUCAAUAAUACUCUGAAAUUGUUAAGAAGAUUAAAACUAAAGCAUUCAAAAUAAAAGUACCUGAAAAUUAUACUUAAUAAAUGAUUGAUGAAUAUGCUCAAAUAAGUGAUAAAAAAAAGAGAGAAUAAUUUGAUCAAUAAUUUGAUUAAUUAGCUGAUCAAAUUAUACAAACUAUUCAUUAAAGUUCUGAAACUAUAUCAUCUUAAAAGGUGUCUUAAACAGAUCUAUAAAAUUUAGAUGAAGAUAUAUAAAUAAAUAUGAAAACAUAAGUAUUAACAGAAUAAUUAUAAUAAUCUGUUGAAUAUUAGGAAGAUUUUGAAGAAGAAUUAAAUAAAAAUCAAAGGAAAUUUAAAAAGAUUAUCAAAUAUGAUACUUCAAAUAAAAAUUCAAUAAAAAAAUAAUCUAUUAGAAUAUAAAAUUAAUCAGAUCCUGAUUUAAUUUCAUCAUUACUUGAUUAAAAAGGUUCCAAUCCAUCAGAUAUGUCAUAAGAAUUAAUAAGAUCUAAAAAUAAAUAUAAAGGAUAUUUGGAUAAUAAUAAAAAUAAUUUAAAUACUGAUUAUGAUAAUUUAGUAAAUGAAUAAAAUUAAAAAUUAACUAAUUUUGUUGAUGAGAGAUAUAGAAUAAGAAACAUUUCUCGAAAUUAAUCAGGUUAAGUUGAAUAAAAAGAUUUAAUAGAUCUCGAUAAUUAAUAAAUCAAAACUGAUUAUUUAUAAUAAAAAGAUAAUAAAAUUCCAAGAAGAAUUUCAUAAUUUGAUAGUAAUGGUGUUAAAAACAAUUCAAAUAAUUAUUCUCAUUAAUAAAAUUCAUCCUUAAAUAUUUAUUCAAAUUAAGAAAACUCAAAAAAUAAAAAAAACACUAUUUAAGAUGAAAUAAGCUAAAAAAUUGAAUAAUAAUUAUAAUAGGUUUAAUCAGUAAUACAAAAAAAGAAAUUUGGAGUACUUGAUAAAUUAUUAGAUGCUCAAUCAGUUUUUGAUGUAGAUAUAUGUGUAAAUUAUAUUUAAUUUAUUAAGAGUUAGCUGAUUUCCCUUUGAAUAAAUCAACUUCUAAUAAUGGAUAAGAAGAUAAAUAAAUUUUUCAAUAAUUGUAACUUUUUAUAAUAUUUAAUUAGAUUUGCUUGGUAAAAAGAAAUAACUUAGAUAAUACCUAUUCUUAAUUAAUUGAAUAGAAAAUCAAUGGAAAAUGAAAGCAUCUAUGAGACUAAAUCAGGAAGUAGUGAUGAUAAUAAUUGA